AUGCCAUUUUUGAUGUAGCCUUCAACAUCCNUAUUCGAAUAAAGGCGCUAUGAUGAUGUCAUAAUUUGGUGUGAUAAAGGUCUUAAAAUAAACCCAUAAAAUGAUGCUGCAUUUGUAAACAAAGGUUUGUUCAACAUUAUUUAUAUUUUAUUUUUAGGACUUGCAUUAGGGCGUUUAUACAGAUAUCAAGAGGAACUAAUGUGCUAUGAUAAAUCAAUAGAGAUAAAUAGAAAGAAUGAAACAGCUUACAUAAACAAAGGUUAUUUAGAUUUAAAUCAAUAGGUUGUGCCUUAAAUCGUUAAAAAUAAUAUUAAGAAGCAAUAUAGUGUAGUGAUGAGCUUCUUAGGAUAAAUUCAUAGCUUCAUCAAGCUUAUUCCAUAAAAGGUAUAUUUCAAUUGUAUAAGGGAUUGCAUUAUAUGAAUUAUCAUAAUAUAAGGAAGCCGUUAAAUAAUUUGACAAAGCAUAUUAGAUUUCAAAAUUGGUUGAGUAUCUAGUGCUUAAAGGUAAAUAUUAAUUUAAAAUUUAGCUGACUCAUUAUUUUAUUCAGGUUAAAGGAGAUAAUCUAAAUAAUUGUAUAUCGAAGCUAAGAAUAAAGGGUAUCAAGACAUAGAAUAUCUCGAGAGGAAAAUAAGUGAAAUUUGA